AUGAAAUCGAAACAUCUAAAUGAACAAUAUUAUUUGAUAGUUGAUAAUCCAAUUACUUGUCCUUUUUCUGGUACUCUCUCUGCCCAUGUUGUUGAUUGGCUUAAAAAGAAUGUUAAUAAUGCAGAAUACUUUCUAUUUGAAUGUGAUGAAGAAGAAUCUUGGCUUAAGAAAUUUAUAGAUACUUUCAAACAUAUACAAAAAAAUGUUUUGGGUAUUAAUAUUGAAAACAUGACAGAAACUGAAUGGUACAUAGAUGUGUUAAAUCUGCUGCUAAAGGCUUUGGUUUCAGGCCUAAAAGAUGAAUCUUAUACAGAGUCAAGUCAACAAACAAGCAAAGAGUUAAAGUCAUCAUCUAAUUCUUCAACGUGCUCAAACCAAAAUAGCAGAUGGUCAUCAAUCUCGGUAGCUAAUUAUAACGAAAAUACUUUAAAUAUAGCACCUUCUAUUUAUGAGAAAUUAAUAUUUGUUAAUUUGAGUGCAGAAAACUUUAAUUUGGAUAAUAAUUAUUCCAGCAGAAGUAAUAGAAUACGCCCUGAUGGUAAAUUUAUUUGUAAGGAUAUAGUUCACCAAUUUGGAAUGAAAGUAGAUAUACUUGAA